AUGGCCGCGGUUGAUGAUGAGGUCACAACCAAUGGUUUUGAAUACGAUAGCGAAACCGCUAGUUUAGAUGAAGACGAUAAGAAACACAUUGAAGAUGCAAUAAAGACACAUAUUCGUUCGGUGGUUGAACUCAGAAAAGAGGAAUUCGAACUGCCCGAAACUGUCAGUUUAAUAGAAUGUCCAGAUGGAUCGAAAGUGUACCUUGUGGGUACUGCCCAUUUCAGCAAAGAAAGCAUUGAUGAUGUGGUGAAUGUAUGUGCUUAUGCUCCUAAUGAAAACUGUUAG